CUCAAAAUUCGCUGACUUUUUCCUAUUCCUACCUCCAUUUUCUUUCUUUUAAAUCAAUGCAACAACAUGCCAAGAAAACUAGAAGAACUCCCCAAGAACCCGUUACUAAAAGCAUCUUGCAUUUCUAAAUACAUUACAUACCAGUGGUUGAAUCCUCUCUUCAAGAAAGGAAACAAGCAGCCUUUAAAAUCAGAAGAUUUUUAUGAGGUACCACCAGAAGAUGAGACAGAACAUAUAGCAAACAAACUUGAAAGACAAUGGAACAAAGAACAAGAAAGAGCCAAAACUGCAGGAAGGAGACCUAAACUAAGCCGAGCAGUUGCAAUGUACCUUGGAAGGGACUUUAUGAUGGUUGGGUUACUUAAUAUGUUGGAGGAAUUUAUGCGUAUUGGCAUGCCAUAUUUCAUAGGCAGAUUUAUAAGUUAUUUUGUACCAGGAACGACUACCACAAGACUCCAAGCAGCUUUAUACGGUGGCGUUAUUAUCUGCUUCUCAUACACUCUUGCCGUAAUUCACCACCCCUUGUUUUUCAUAGCAACUCGGUACGGAAUGCAGCUAAAAAAUGCCUUAGCAACUUUGGUCUACAGGAAGGCUAUUAGGUUGAGUCAAAACUCAAUGUCUAAGACCACCACUGGACAUAUAGUAAAUUUGAUGACAAGUGACGUGCAAAUACUGGAAAGGACAACUAUAUUUCUUCAUCAAACGUGGCUUGCUCCACUGCUCCUCAUUGUUGCAGCCGUCUUGUCUUGGCUUGAGAUGGGACCAUGGUCUUUCACUGGUAUCCUGGCUCUGCUGUUGCUGGCCCCUUUACAGGGCUGGAUGGGAAAGCAAUUUGCUCUUUUGAGGCAAAAGACAGCGACUAUGACUGACCUGCGCUUCAAGAUCAUGAGUGAAGUCAUAGCAGGAAUGCGGGUCAUCAAGAUGUACACAUGGGAAAAAGCAUUCUCAAAUUUAGUAGCUGAUGUCCGCGGGAAUUUCCUACAAAUGGAAGACAAAAAGAUGAUGUCUAAUAACAGAAGUACGAAGACUAGCUCAACAACCUCGCUGAAACCUGUUGUCGAAGUGGAAAAAAUCUCUGCAAAGUGGAAUGAGAGCCUGAACACGCAAACUUUGACAGAUAUUAGUUUUAAAGUCACUCCGGGUGAAUUACUGAUGAUCGUCGGUCCUGUUGGGGCAGGGAAAUCUUCGCUACUGAUGGCUCUUCUUGGUGAGUUACAAGUGUCACACGGUGUAGUAAACGUACAGGGGAAUAUCAGCUAUGCAUCACAGCAAUCCUGGAUCUUCUCGGGAACUGUAAAGGAGAAUAUCUUGUUUGAUCAAGAAUACGACAAGGAAAGAUAUGAUCGUGUGAUAAAAAAGUGUGCCUUGGAGAAGUUCAAUGGCUAUGAUAUUGUUUUGUGUCCCAGGGCUGUGUACUACGAUGCCGAAAUUGUUCUUCUUGAUGAUCCCCUUAGUGCUGUAGACACGAAUGUUGGGCGAAAACUAUUCGAUGAGUGCAUACGUGGUCUUCUAAAGGAUCGUAUCUGCAUCCUUGUCACACACCAGCUUCAGUAUCUCAAGGGAGCGACCAACAUCAUCUGUUUGAAAGACGGCCAUUGUGUUGGAAAAGGAACGUUUGAAGAGCUCAACGAAGGUGGUUUAGAUGUCAUGUCAUUGAUGUCGACCCUCUCUGACCAGGAUGUUAUGGUAGAGCAGGAAGCUGUCGACCUUCAUCAAAAUGAAUCAGACCAUCAUGUGGUCAUAGCCAAUGGAAAGACUCCUCUGUUGGAACCCAAUCACAUUUACAAGAGAUCUACGUCGGCUGUAUCGGAGGCGAUAACCGAAACAAGGACGAGAAAAAGUCACUGUGACUUGCCUUCAUCCAUGUCCAUGGAGACGCUUAAUGAUAGCCCCGAAGAGAUCUACGUGUCGAAACAAGAAGCUGAAAAACAGACGACUGGGACAGUAACCUGGAACGUGUAUCUGAAUUACUUAAAAGCUGGGAGUAGCCUGUUUGGUAUGAUCGUACUAGCAAUCCUAGUACUAGCAUCACAGGGAUCUAUUCUGGUUGGAGAAUGGUGGUUAGCUGAAUGGGCGGACAGCGAACACUACGUGUCAACAGUUGUACCAAAGAAAAGUAACUCGACAUUCUACUUGCCCUUCUAUGACAGAGACACGUACAUCAUCGUCUAUGGUGUACUCGUAGUCGUUGGCAUGGUAACCAAUCUGCUAUCAUUUGUCUUGUUGUUUCGCCUUUUUGUCUUGGCCUCAAAAAAUCUUCACAACAACAUGUUUAACAGCGUUCUCAGGGCUCCCAUUUAUUUCUUCGACACGAAUCCUGUUGGUCGUGUUCUCAAUCGGUUUGCUAAAGACAUCAGUCAAAUGGACGAUCUUCUUCCCUCCUCAUUUUCGGAUUUUGUCAGGCUCAGUGUCCUUACAUUUGCCAUCCUUCUCCUCAACGUGGUCAGCAUCCCAUACCUUUUGGUCGGCGCACUACCAAUGACUAUCCUCUUCGGUUACCUUAGAAAUUAUUACCUGAAGACAUCACGAGACAUCAAAAGACUGGAAGCUAUCAACCGUAGCCCAGUGUAUUCUCACGUAUCGGCAAGUUUGGAUGGUCUGAUGACGAUAAGAGCCUUCAAUGCUGAAGAACGAUUUAUUGACAGUUUCUAUGACUACCAGAACUACCACUCGGCUGGGUACUUCCUCUUUCUGACUACUCAAAGAUGGCUUGGUGCCAGACUUGAUGUCAUGUGUGCCUCGUUCAUGGCCUUGGCUGUUAUUGGUAGCAUGGUAACAUUUGAAACCGGAACAGCUUUGAGCGCUAGUGUUGUUGGUCUGUGUCUGACAUAUGCUAAGAUGUUAACAGGCAUGUUCCAGUGGUGUACAAGGCAGAGCGCUGAAGUAGAAAACAUUAUGACAUCAGUUGAGAGGGUUAUAGAGUACUCACAACUAGAACCAGAAGCAGAGCCCUCGAAACCCUUACAAAUCCCGCGGGAUUGGCCUAGUAAUGGCGUCAUUUCAGCCGAGCGGCUGUACUACUCCCAUCACAAGACGCUACCUCCAGUUCUCAAGAAUCUUAAUUUUUGUAUCAAAAGUGAAGAAAAGGUCGGUAUAGUUGGUCGUACAGGUGCUGGUAAAUCGUCCUUACUCAGUAUGUUAUUCCGACUGAAUAACCCAGAAGGACUGGUACAAAUAGACUCUCUAACAAUCACUGAUUUGUCCCUUCACGAUUUGAGAAGCGCUAUAUCCAUCAUACCACAG